CAUCAACAAUAUAGACCAAAUAAAAUUCAACCCCAUCACAGUUCAUAGCCAUGCAGGUCGUGAAACCACACGCCGCCAUUUUAGCAAGCCCCGGUAUGGGCCACGUCAUCCCCGUGAUCGAGCUCGGCAAGCGUCUAGCCGCUGGCCAUGGCUUCCGCGUCACCGUCUUUGUCCUCCAAGCCGACCAAGCCUCCGCUCAGUCCCAGUUUCUGAACUCACUCGGCCGCGACGCAGCCCUCGUCGACGUGGUCGGCCUUCCCUCGCCGGAAAUCUCUACCGCGGCUGACCCAUCAGCCCACUUGGGGAUCUCGAUUCCGGCCAUUAUACGAGAGGCCUUCCCGGCCCUCCGGUCUAGGAUCUCAAACAUGCAACAUAAGCCGACCGCUCUCAUCGUCGACUUGUUCGGCACCGAGGCUUUGCCACUUGCCGAUGAGUUCAAUAUGUUGAAGUAUGUUCUGAUAGCUUCCAAUGCGCGGUUUCUCGCGGUGGUUAUGUAUUUCCCGACGCUUGACAAAGCCGUCGAAGAAGAGCACGUCAACUACAAGAAACCGCUCGAUAUACCGGGUUGUGAACCUGUCCGGUAUGAGGAUACUCUCGACGCAUAUCUCGACCGGACCAGUCCGUUGUACCGUGGGUUGAUCGAUUUCGGUCGGUUUCUUCCGACGACCAAUGGUAUAUUGGUGAAUACGUGGGAAGAAAUGGAGCCCAAGUCGUUGAAAUCGCUGCAAGACUCGAAAUUCCUCGGAAGGAUUGCCCGUGUACCGAUUUAUCCAAUCGGUCCGUUGUGCAGACCGGUCGAACCGUCAAAAAAUGGAAACCCGGUUUUGGAAUGGUUAGGCAAACAACCGGACGAGUCGGUGCUUUACGUCUCUUUCGGGAGCGGAGGUUCUCUUUCGCCUAGGCAGCUAACCGAGCUGGCUUGGGGUCUCGAAUUGAGCCGACAACGUUUCGUGUGGGUGGUCCGGCCACCGGUCAACGGCCCUCUAUUUUAAAAUUUGUGUUUUCUUGUAUAUAAAAAACACUAAUAAUUAAUACGGGAAAUUAAUGUUUGGAAUUUUUAUAUCAUUAUGUAGUAUUUACAAGGUACAAUAGUAUAAAAUCGACAUAAUAAACUGUUA